AUGCCCCUCCAGCAGAAUGCCAGGUACAAGAUGCCCAUCCAGCAGACUGCCAGGUACAAGAUGCCCCUCCAGCAGAAUGCCAGGUACAAGAUGCCCUUCCAGCAGAAUGCCAGGUACAAGAUGCCCCUCCAGCAGACUGCCAGGUACAAGAUGCCCCUCCAGCAGAAUGCCAGGUACAAGAUGCCCAUCCAGCAGAAUGCCAGGUACAAGAUGCCCCUCCAGCAGACUGCCAGGUACAAGAUGCCCCUCCAGCAGAAUGCCAGGUACAAGAUGCCCCUCCAGCAGAAUGCCAGGUACAAGAUGCCCCUCCAGCAGAAUGCCAGGUACAAGAUGCCCCUCCAGCAGACUGCCAGGUACAAGAUGCCCCUCCAGCAGAAUGCCAGGUACAAGAUGCCCCUCCAGCAGACUGCCAGGUACAAGAUGCCCCUCCAGCAGACUGCCAGGUACAAGAUGCCCCUCCAGCAGAAUGCCAGGUACAAGAUGCCCCUCCAGCAGAAUGCCAGGUACAAGAUGCCCCUCCAGCAGAAUGCCAAGUACAAGAUGCCCCUCCAGCAGAAUGCCAGGUACAAGAUGCCCCUCCAGCAGAAUGCCAGGUACAAGAUGCCCAUCCACUAA